UUCACUUUACAAUAUUCAAUUAAAUCGAAGAAAAUUGUUCGAGAGUGCAAGCGUCUCGGUUUCUUUCUCCAUAAUAUCCGUGGUUUUACUUAAAUCUGAAAAAUUAUUUUCUUUCGUUCGGUAAAAAGUUUGAUCUCAAAUACACACCUUCACCUAAUUUUAAUUUGCUAAAAUGAUGCAUAACGAAGAGGAUACCUAUAGCAUGAAUUAUUCAACGGUUCUGAUCACUGGUGCGAAUCGCGGUAUUGGCCUGGAACUCGUCAAACAAAUGGCAAGUCUGUCUGAUCCGCCGACACACAUUUUCGCCACGUCGAGACAUCCGGAUAAAGCCACGAUAUUGAAUGAAUUAGCAUCGAAAUCAUCAAAUAUUCAUGUUAUUGAAUGUGAUGUUAAGAAUGAAGAAUCCGUUGCCCAAUUGGUUUCCCAAGUAGCAUGUCAUGUUGGUAGUAAUGGUCUCAGCUUGCUCAUUAAUAAUGCGGCAAUUGCAUUCAAACAUUCACUUUCCACCGUAAAUGUGCAUGAUUUAAUGGACAAUUAUCAUGUGAAUGCGGUCGCACCAUUGAUGAUCACCAAACAAAUGUUACCACUACUGAAGUUAUCAGCAGAAAAUGGUCGUAAAACUCUAGUGGUUAACAUUUCAUCAACUUUAGGAAGCAUCGCGAAAUAUCGGAAGAUUUGCGUGGGCGACUAUCAGUACACGUAUCGUGCAUCAAAAGCGGCCCUUAACAUGAUAACUCGAUGUUUAUGGGUUGAACUGAAAGAGAGCAAAAUAUCGGUGGUUGCAAUAUGCCCCGGUUGGGUACAAACUGACAUGGGUGCACCUGACGCAGAUUUAACGCCAACGGAAAGUGUUGCCGGUCUUUUGAGCACAAUUAACCAUUUGAAUGAGGAAGACGGAGGAAAGUUUUUUACUUUUGAUGGCAAACCUAAUCCGUGGUAGAGUUCCAAAAAUGUUCCGUGUACUUUACUAGCUUUAUUUUCAAUUUUAAAAAGUUAUAUCGAAAGUGACAUUUGAAUUGGAUUCUAGCCUAAAUAAAUAAAAUGCAUAAAAAGCUCAAACACAAGU